AUGGCUGCUCUCUUGUCUCCGGAGCGCCACCGAGCUGCUGCCAUCCUGCCAUUCCUACGCACACUAGGAGAUGACGGUGCAUCUGCAAGGAAGAGGCCGACGGCGAGCUCCUCCUCCUCCUCAAAGAGCGGCAAGAAGAAGAAGCUGGCGAUCACCUUGGCGCUCUUCGUCUCCUCCACCUUGCUCAUGCUGGCCAUCCUCAAGACCAGGACCCUUCUUUACGGCCGGAUACUGAAGCUUCACCAUCGUCCAGCUCCUAGGAUUACUGUUCCAAAUGCCCCAUACGCCACACACCGGCACGUCCACUGGAGCAGCGUCGCCGCUUCCAUGUCAGACACGACGAGAACGGCAGCGGCGUCGGUGGCUCUGCUCAACUUCAGCCCGUCGGAGGUGAAGCGGUGGAGGAAGCUGAAGCUGACCGGCGGUUCGUCGGCAGUUCGAGCGGUGCGUUUGCAGCCUGUGGACACCAGCGUCGUCACCUGGGCCACACUGUACCCUGAGUGGAUCGACGAGAACAGCAACAGCAGCAGCACGUGCCCCACCCUUCCCGACCCCGAACAUCUAGGAGGCCAGCGCUUCGACCUCGUCGCCGUCAACCUCCCCUGCGAAAACACUAGCAGCAGCACCAGGGACGUGGCCAGGCUGCAUCUCCAGCUCGCCGCCGCCAAGCUCACCGUAGAGGUGCAUUCGUCGCACGUCCUCGUCGUCUCCGACUGCACCCCACUACCCAAUCUGUUCCCCUGCAAGCACCUCCUCCGCCGCCGUGGCCACGCCUCGCUCUACGCCACCCGCCCCGCGUACCUCCGCCGCCGCGUACGCCUCCCCGUCGGCUCGUGUGACCUCGCCGUACGUCUUCCCACUCCUGACCAACACCACGAUCAGCCAAAGCGGCGGCGGGAGGCUUACGCGACGGUGUUGCACUCGUCGGACGCGUACGUGUGCGGCGCCAUCGCGCUGGCGCAGAGCAUCCGGCAGCAGUCCGGCACGAGCAGGGACCUGGUGGCGCUCGUGGACUACAGCAGCGUGGGUCCCGAGCAGAGGGCCGGCCUAGCGGCGGCGGGCUGGCAGGUGCGGGCCAUGGAGCGCAUCCGCAACCCCCGAGCCGUGCCCGGCUCGUACAACGAGUGGAACUACAGCAAGCUCCGGCUGUGGCAGCAGCUCACCGACUACCGCAGGGUGGUCUUCGUGGACGCCGACCAGCUCGUGCUCCGCAGCAUCGACUUCCUCUUCGACGCGCCGGAGGUGAGCGCCACGGCCAACUGCCGGACGCUCUUCAACUCGGGCGUCAUGGUGCUCGAGCCCUGCAACUGCACCUUCGACAUGCUCAUGGCGCGCGUCGACGACGUCCGCUCUUACAACGGCGGCGACCAGGGGUUCCUCAACGAGGUCUUCACCUGGUGGCACCGCCUGCCGCGCGCCGUCAACGUCCUCAAGUACUACCACCACCAACGGGACGGCCAUGACGCCGCCUCGCCGCCAUCGGCAACGUCGGAGGAGGAGGAGAAGCCGUACGUGAUGCACUACCUGGGUAUCAAACCGUGGCUGUGCUUCCGCGACUACGACUGCAACUGGAACGUGCCGUGGCUGCAGCGGUUCGCCAGCGACGAGGCGCACGCGCGGUGGUGGGCGGUGCACGACCGGAUCGAGCCCAAGGAGCUGGCCACCAGGUUCUGUGCGCUGGAGGCGAGGCAGAGGGAAGCGCUGGAGUCUGACCGGAGGCAGGCGGAGAUGGCCAACGCCAGUGACAUGCACUGGAACCGCACCAUCACCGACCCAAGGAAACUCUCUCCUUUCACAAUGCCAUUGGCACCCACCGGUUAA